UGCCGAUCUAUUGUGUGUGAUUGUCGAGUUGAAAGUUUUUGCACCAUUUGAAUGUUUUUGGUUCGUUUUAUAUGUUUUCUUGUUAAAAUUUUAAGAUUAUCCUGCAAAAUAACCGUUUCAAGCUGCAAAAUGAGAGUAAUCCAGAAUAAGCUCGAUGAAGUUGAAGAAGCGGCGAAGGCAGCGGCCAUGGCCAACUGCGAAAUCACCAUCACGAGCCCCCAGGAAGCCAACACCAAGAGCAGCCUGAUUGUGGUCUCGAACCGGUUGCCGUUCGUGCUGAAGCGGGAUCCCAAAACCGGAAAGCUGAGCAGACACGCCAGUGCCGGCGGUUUGGUCACUGCAGUUGCACCGGUCGUCAUCAAAGGUCACGGCCUGUGGGUGGGAUGGUCCGGAAUUACGCUGAGAAGACCGAAGAUUCCGGAGUCGGACCCGAAGGAUUGUACGCCGACGGCUGGCCUGCUGUCGGAACAGGUCGUUUCGGUGAACGUCGAGCCGGUGCUGUUCGACAGCUACUACAAUGGAUGCUGUAACGAAACGUUCUGGCCACUGUUUCACUCGAUGCCCGGUCGGGCCAAGUUCGACGCGAAUAACUGGAAGUCAUAUUACGAGGUGAACAAAGAGUUUGCCGCUCAGACGAUUCAAGCGCUCGAGCGAUGUCUGGAAAAGAAAACCAAUCCGGGUGUUCCGAUCAUCUGGAUUCACGACUACCAUCUGAUGCUGGCAGCGAACUGGAUCCGCGAAGAAGCCGACGAGAAGAAUCUGCCCUGUCUCAUGGCGUUCUUCUUGCACAUUCCGUUCCCACCGUGGGACAUCUUCCGUCUGUUACCCUGGUCGGACGAGAUUCUCCAGGGAAUGCUCGCUUGUGACAUGAUCGGCUUCCACGUUCGCGACUACUGUCUGAACUUUGUCGACUGCUGUCAACGGAAUCUCGGAUGCCGUGUCGAUCGCAAGAAUCUCCUCGUCGAACACUGUGGACGUUCUGUCCGUGUUCGACCACUCCCAAUUGGGAUCCCAUUCGAUCGAUUUGUAGAUCUAGCCAAAAAAGCCAAGAAGCUCAUCAAAACCAACCAGAAAAUCAUCCUCGGUGUAGACCGUCUUGACUACACCAAAGGACUGGUCAACCGCCUGAAGGCGUUCGAAGUUCUGCUCGAAAAGCAUCCAGAACAUCGCGAGAACGCCACCCUCCUUCAAAUCUCCGUCCCCUCUCGAACCGACGUCAAAGAGUACCAGGAGCUGAAAGAAGAGAUGGACCAACUCGUGGGCCGCAUCAACGGCCGCUUCACCACCGCCAACUGGUCCCCCAUCCGGUACAUCUACGGCUGCAUCGGCCAGGAAGAGCUCGCCGGCUUCUACCGGGACUCCUCAGUCUGCCUGGUGACCCCCCUCCGGGACGGCAUGAACCUGGUCGCAAAGGAGUUCGUUGCCUGCCAAAUCAACGAACCAGCAGGCGUCCUGAUCGUGUCGCCGUUUGCCGGCGCUGGUGAAACCAUGCACGAAGCGCUGCUCUGCAAUCCGUACGAGAUUGAGUCCGCCGCGGAGGUGAUUCAUCGUGCGCUGACCAUGCCCGAGGACGAGCGGUCGCUGAGGAUGGGUCGCAUGAGGAGGCGGGAGAUGCAGCAGGACGUGAACAGCUGGAUGCGGCAGUUCCUGAAGGCGAUGGACUCGCUCGAGGAGGACGAGAUCGGGACGACCACCAUGCAGCCGGUGACGGUGGAUGACUUUGACUACUUGCUGAACUACGUCGGCUACAACCACAAGCUUGCGCUGCUGCUCGACUACGACGGAACGCUGGCCCCGAUCGCGCCCCACCCAGAUCUGGCCACCCUUCCCCCGGAGACCAAGAACGUCCUGCAACGACUGUCGAACCACUCGGACGUGUACAUUGCUGUAAUUUCGGGCCGAAACGUCGAAAACGUCAAGAAGAUGGUCGGAAUUGAGGGCAUCACGUACGCCGGUAAUCACGGGUUGGAGAUUCUGCACCCGGACGGAAGCAAGUUCAUCCACCCGAUGCCGAUGGAGUACGAGGACAAGGUGACGACCUUGCUGAAGGCACUGCAGGAGGAGGUGUGUCACGAUGGAGCUUGGGUGGAGAACAAGGGCGCACUGCUGACCUUCCACUAUCGGGAGACUCCGCUGGAGUUGCGUGCGGAUUUGGUGGAGAAGGCUCGCCAGUUGAUCAUCAACAAUGGGUUCCGGGCUGCCGAGGCGCACUGUGCUGUGGAGGCGAAGCCUCCGGUUCAGUGGAACAAGGGACGGGCUUCGAUUUAUAUUCUGAGGACGGCGUUCGGAGUGGACUGGAGCGAACGUAUCAAGAUCAUCUACGCUGGAGAUGAUGCGACCGAUGAGGAUGCAAUGAUGGCCCUCAAGGGAAUGGCGGCGACGUUCCGCGUCACAAACGCCCAGAUCGUCAAGACCUCGGCUGAGCGCCGGCUCCCGUCGACGGACUCCGUGCUCACGAUGCUCAAGUGGGUCGAGCGACACUUUAUGCGCCGCAAGCCCCGCUCCAACAGCCUGACCUACAAGAACCGCAAGAAGGACUGCGUCAAGAUGCAGCUGGCGUUCGAUCUGGUGCCGAACCUGAGUCCGGCCAACAGCGCCGCCAACAGCUCCGACGAGCGGGAUUAGGAUAUUCUAUUAGAGCUGUUUUGUUUGUUAAUGAUUUUAACAUAGGAGAAAAAUGUUUUCAAAACUAGAGUGGUGAAAUAUGAUUUUACCGUCGUGGCUGCUGUUGCUGGUACAUUUAGUCUGAUACUUUAUUCGUUUUGAUUUUAUGAUUAAACUAGUUUGUAAGGAGAA